AUAUAGUUGAUAGAUACUUCAUGACGAAUUUACUAUUUAGUUUUAGAAAAAAAUAAUGUACUACAAAAAUCCCUCGUAAAGGAGAAAUAAAAAAAAUGAACGAAGAUAUAGGAAAGCCAGGACAAUAUUAUUUAGAUUAUCUUCAUCGUUUAAGUAUUCUAUCACAAGACGAUUAUGACUUAUCCAGUAACGAAGAUGCUUUUUCACUCACUAAGGAUGGAAUUCCAAUUCGGAAACUAUUUAUUGGCAACAUAGCUCAAAGGACAACCCAUAAAGAUUUAGAAAAGAUAUUUUCCAAGUAUGGAAAAUUAGAUGGGUGUUACCUGAAAAGGAACGUUAGCAAAAAUAAAUACGCUUUUGUAACAUUUAAUAAUGUUGAAGAUGCUUUAAGAGCUAGAGAAGAUGGGUAUAACAAAUUAAUUCAUUUACAUAAUCGGGAUUUGAGGGUAAUGCCUGCAGAUUCCUGGCAUCAACCCGACAGUAUAGAGAAUAUAAAAAAAAAUUCUUUUAAAAAGAAAGAAAAAGAAACUGAUGAUAGUAGUAAUUUAGAGACAAGUUACGUGACAGAUGAUACAAUUCCAAUUCAUAGACUAAAUGAUGAUUGCCUAAUUCACAUAUUUCAUUAUCUUCCCAUUGUAGAUAGAGUUAAAAUAGAAAGUGUUUGUCAACGUUGGCGUGCAGUAUGUCAAGAAGCAUGGCGUGGAUUUCGAACUUUAGAUUUAUCUCAAACAACUUGGGGUUUCACGAUCAAAAAUAAAAAGAAAUAUGUCGAUACACCAACUCUGAGAAAAGUAUUACUACGAUGUGGUCGCUUUUUGAAUCACAUCGAUUUUUCACAACCCCUACAUCGUUUGAGUCAGAGUACUUUAACAAUUGUCAGUAAAUUUUGUCCAAAUCUCCAGUCAAUUGACUUAUCGUCAUUAAACGUAUCAUCCUCUGGUAUACUUGCACUAACUGCAAAUUGCUCAAAUAUCACGAAAUUGUCCUUGGGUUCAUGUUCAAAUUCAUGUGACAACGAUUUACUACAACUUUUCACUAAAAACAAGGAAUUGAAGUAUUUAAAAAUUAGCUCUAAUUGUUUGACUGGAAAAUGUCUUUCAUACCUGCCAAAGGAUUCAAUACAGGAAAUUAUUCUCUCCGAAUGUAAUAUGGUGUCACCAUGUUUCUUUUUAAAUGCUUUAAAGAAAUUUGAUAAUUUACAUUCACUUACGCUACAAACUUGCGUGAGUUUUAACGAUAGUGUAGUGCAAGCACUACGUUUACGUACAAAUAGUCUGAAGAAUUUGGAAUUAAGCGGGUACUUUCCAAUGCUAUCAUCGCAGGCCUUAAAGAAUCUUGCCGAAUUAGUAAAUUUAGAGAAACUAAAUCUUGGACAGAAUAUUUCAGUAACGGACGAUUGUUUACUAGUCGUCAGUGAAUGCUGCAAACAAUUGAAAUCAAUUGAUAUUAAUGGUUGUCAAGCAGUUACUGAUAAUGGUAUUGCAGGUCUGGUCACUUUACCAAAAUUAGAAGUAUUAAUAAUAAGCUAUCUGGGAAAAGUAACGGAUCAGCAUUUAGGAAAUCUACAAAGUUUAAGAAUUUUAGAAUGCCGAGGUUGUCCGGAUAUUAAGGAUAUGGGUUUAUGUACUCUUGCGUUUAUGGCAACUAAAUUAGAAUUACUGGACAUUUCCGGAUGUAAUUGUGUCACGAAUAAUUGGAUUGAUUGCGCCAUAAGAUAUACUGAAAGUCGAACAAAUGGAAUUAUUCUAAAAGUAUUUAUUGGAAGUUCAGGAAUUGAUGUUGGUAGUGUUAAAGAGGUUUCACCUUUUCUUCAGCUUAUAAAUGUUGAUCUUUGUAUAAAACACUUGAGACCUGAUUUUGAUCAUUACUUUUUUCCCGAAGAAAACGAUUAUGAUGAUUCGGACUAUGAAGAUGAUUUUGAUAAUCUCUCUUGGUCAUCAAACAGUUCUCAUGAAUUUUAGAUAAUAUUUCAGAACUUUAAGAAUAUUUAAGAAUAUUUAAGAAUAUUUAAAAAAUUAAGGAAUAUUAAAGGCCUGCGUUAUCAUUUACAGUUAUUGUAAAGAUGAAGAUUUUAAUUUAUGUAAAGAGUUAAUUACAAAAUAAUAUUUAACGAAUAAUUUGUUUUUGAACUUUUAUGUCAUAACGUCAAUUGUUAUUUUAUGUUCCUUAUAAUAAACUUGUACAAUUAUACAAAUAUACUGCCUAAUUCUAUUAAAAAAUUGAAGACUUCUUGUAAA